CUGCCGUGUCGUAAAACAUUCGUCACAUCCGGCUCGUGCUCAAAGGAACCACCGAUAUCAACCGCUCGCUUCCGGUUAUGCCUCCUUUUCGGCAGCGGCUAUUUCCUCGCCAACAUGCCACUCGCAAAAGACUUGUUGCACCCAACCCCUGAAGAGGAGAAGAGGAGGCACAAGAAGAAGCGUCUUGUUCAGAGUCCCAACUCUUACUUUAUGGAUGUCAAAUGUCCAGGAUGCUACAAGAUCACAACGGUGUUCAGCCACGCUCAGACAGUCGUGCUGUGUGUGGGCUGCUCCACCGUCCUGUGUCAGCCCACUGGAGGCAAAGCACGUCUCACAGAGGGUCAGUAUCGGGUGCUCAUUCAGGAGGAAGCAGCACUAGCUAUUCUUCUUUGAGCUGGAAGGGAGAGGAGGGCAUGGACCGGUUGAUAUCAGCGCGCCAUGGCUCCUGAGACGGCGACCAAACCUGAGGCCUGACUUGUGAAAAGUGAGACCAGAAGACUAAACUGGACUGCAGAUGGGUUUCCCCCGUCUGUCUGUGUCAACAGAUCGGUUGUUGCUGUAACUCCGCCCUCCAACCCUGUCUCUCCGAAUAAAAUUUUGUUUUGGCUAAACAAAA